UAGUCAUUAUGGUAUUUUAUUGAUAGGGAAGCGGAUCGUGAGCAGGGAGUAAAAUAACUUUAUCUUGAUAAAAGAUACCUUAGCGCGUUUGCACAUCUGCCGAGUGGAAUUUCUUCAUUACAUUUAUUAUAUUACCGGCAAAAGGAGAUUUUUAGAAGAUCAAGCUGCAGUACUAAACCUUACUUGUACGUAGCACUUUUACACUCUGACCCUGACAGCCGCCAAUGAAUCUCAUAGUAAUAUUAGCUAACUAGCUGCACAUUUUAUAUUGAGCAUUAAUAUCUGCAAUUAGAGUGAGCUAUCCCAAUACAGUGCGAGUCAGAUCGAUACGAAACAGUUAUUUCGCAUAGCUCUAAUUAUAAAUAAGGGAUUAAAUCUAUAGAACAGUUGCUGCUCGUUUGGAAGUCUCAGUGCUUUUCGUGAGGGGGUGUAAAUAACCUAGACCGAUAGCACUAGAUCUAUAACCGCUUAGUUUACAUGGUAAUAUAUUACUAACUUUAAAGCGUCCAGCAGUAUUUUGCCAGGACUGUAUUAUUAGUAUAGUAAUCAUUAAUAUUGCGUUAGUGUAGUUUUAUAUGUAAAAGUAGUUGAUCGUUGUUUUUGGGUAGUUAGAAAAGUAUAUGAUUAAUGACAGUAUGCUACUUACUACAAGGUGUCUACUAAUCAUAUUUUUUCGUAAUUACUUUUUUUUCUCUUAGUCACGUUCUUGCAAAAAGGAGCAUACCUGACCCAAAUCUAUGUGAAGUUUACGGCUAUAAGGCUUAUUAUCGCCGACCUAGGAGUGAACCUGGGUCUUAACUGUUGGACAGCAACAAUAAACCGUGGACCACAGAUUAGGACAGUGGCAGAAUGUCGGAGUACAUACUCCACUUUCAAUCUCAGCUGACGGGCAUCAUGGAGACCGUCCUUAAAGGGGCCAUCCAUGAUAUCACUAAACUGGUUGAGGAUAGCUUCCUGGAGGAGCUGUUGCAGAGUAGGCUAGAGGUGAAGGCUCUGAUGGAGAGGCUGCAGACCUCCGAGAAGAAGUGGAGAGAGCGAGAGGAGCUUUUGAUGCUGAAGCACGCGGAUUACAGCAAAGCUGACGUUUUCAGAAAGAAAGCAGUUCCCAAAGUCGCGGAAACACAGUCUGAUGUUGAGGAGUGGUUUGACGUAAAAGACGGAAAGGUAAACCACAGCGUCUGCCCUUGGGGUGCCCUGGAUACAGCAUCUGCUGUCACGGCAGAAGUAACCGCAUGCAGACCAGCCAGGUGCCUGGAUGUGGCCCCGCAAACUCCCACACAUAUGGAUGCAGAUGGUUUUGAGUUCACUUGCAAAAAUGAGCAUGACAAAGAUACUAGUUGUGCGAACCAAGAAGGUUACAAGGCAUGUUUGGAUGGAGAUGAUCCCGCGUAUUUGACCUGCUUGUACAGUAGCUCCAGGGAAUCGGCCUGCACAGGAGUAGUGGACCAGAAUCUCUGUGCUGACGCAGAGCUCUCCCCUGUGCAAGGCACCACUGACAGUCAGAGACACAGGAGGACUCCAGCUGAAGCACAGGGGGCGGAGCCUGGCUUGGAGGCAGCCAACGAGAAAGACCCUCAGAGGUUCGAUCCAGCGGAAAACGACAAUGAACAGGGCGCAGGAAGGAUCGGCUGCCAGGGCUUUGAUUUUGUCGCGCGAGAAACCCUCAGUCGGCAGCAUGCCGCGUUUGCCCAGGGAGACCUGAGCGUAGCGACCGAAAGGCCAGGUUUACCUGCACUCGCAGAACAGGACUCGGAGUCUCAGUCAGCCCUGGAGCAUGCUAGUCAGCGUCUCUCCUCAUUAAGAGCUCCCGCCGAGAAACCGGACAGUGCCGAUUCGGUUACUGUUAAAGACGAAGUUGAAAUACAGUCCGUGUGGAGUGAAGAGGCCAGAAUAGCGGCGGCAGGACACUCGCAACACGACCAGAACAGAGAAAUCGGACAAAAGCUGCUGCAGAUUCGCUUCCCCUGCGUAGCGCCCGUGGGGAAUGCGACAUGGCUUCAGAAACUGUGCUCGGUAAAGGCCAAAAACGCAGCUGCGGCGCAUGCCGAGCUUCAGGACAGGGUGGAAAACCCCCAGACGGUCGAUAGUGGGAGAAGCAUGCCGGUAAACUCUGACUCCUCAAAAGACGUAGAGGGUAUCCCGUGCGAUACAGGGUUCCCAGGAAACACUGGUGUCCCCCAGCCCUCUUCAGCUGAAGAAAAAUCAUUCAGCUGUUUGCACUGUGGAAAGAGUUUCACUUUGCUAAGAAACCUCAAAGAUCACCAGCGGUACCACACCGGGAAGAAGUCCUACACUUGCACGCAGUGUGGGAAGGGUUUUGUUUAUAUGUGCCACCUGAAAGUGCAUCUGCAGAGCCAUACGGGAGAGAGGCCGUUCAGCUGCACGCAGUGUGGGAAGAGCUUCACGUACCUGUGCAAUUUAAAGUCGCACCAGAUAUAUCACACAGGAGAGAAACCCUUCAGCUGCUCUCAAUGCGGCAAGAGCUUCAGUCAGCUGAGUCAUCUGAAGAAGCACAGGUUGAUCCACUCUGGCGACCGGCCACACAGCUGCAAAGACUGCGGAAAACGCUUCUCGUCAAAUGGCGAAUUGCGAAGACAUCAGCAAAUUCAUGCCCGAUUUUUUACUCCUAAAACCAGGAAAUAUGCAGUAUUAGUCGGUGUAUUUUUUUUAGAUAGUUGUGCCCUGCCCGCAUCUCCUUGGGUCUCCAGCAUGUCGGACUCCGUGCUGAACAGGACCUUCAGCAGCCGCAUAUCGGCGGUGAUGGAGGCGCUGCUGGGAGCCGCGUCGCUGGAGAUAACGCGCAUCUUCGACAGCAGCGUCUCCGAGCUCCGGCUGGAAAUCGUCCGGAGUCGCACCGAAGUGGAGACCCUGAAACGCCGGCUGGAGGCGUCCGAGAAGCAGGCGCAGGAUAGGAGGACCAACCGGGCUCCGGACACCAGCGGUCCGGUUCGGUUUUCUAAUGCGGACCCAGAGACAUCGGUGCCGGAACAGGGAAGCGAGAUUAAGGGUGGAAGACCCCUAGGAGCUGAAGAUGCCCUCGCUCAGUUAGGGGACAGCGUGCAGGAUGCCCCCAAACAGCCCCAUAGGGUCAAAGAUGAGGUGACGAUUGGGGUGUCGGGCGUAUUCGAGCAAGCUGGUCCUGAGGUGGUCACCAUUAUCGUCAAAGAGGAGCUGGUGGAACCGGACAUGAAACCACAGCUGGUGGAACCGGACAUGAAACCACAGCUGGUGGAGAUCCGAAGACCAGGGAGGUCCAGUCUAGGGAUGCAGGGCUUCAAGCGUCCAGGGCCUGCAGAUGGUGCUGGACAGGAGAACAGCUGGUUUAGACCUCAGCCUGUCAGGGACCAGACUGCGUCGUCGUGUUUCUCAGCGCCACCGAGGCGGCCUGGUCCUCUCGGGACAGAUUACUGCUUGCAGGGAUUCAACGGCUUGGGACAUGAGAGGAGAACGGUGACCUGUAGCGCGAUGGUAGGGGGACAAGAGCCGGGCAGUUUGGUGGGGGAGGGGUCCCAGAACGUCUCCCGGACGCUUCGGACGGUCUGCAGGCAGCCGAGGUGCUCGGCACCGGAUGCCCUCCAGCCCCAUUCCGUUGCGACCCCAGUCCAGUUUCAGCCCCGCCUACCUCCUGGCCACAGGGUCCCGCGCGCGACCGGAUUGGCCGACGGCUCGGAGGUACAGCUGGUACCCUCACAGCAAAAGGCAGAGCCUCAGAGCAAGCGGAAGAGGCGGUCGGUACUCAGCACCACCACAGACAGACCGUACUCGUGCGCCCUCUGCAAUAAGGGCUUCAUUAGCCCCUCGCACCUGGACAUGCACAUUCGGGUGCACACGGGCGAGCGGCCCUUCAGCUGUGGCCAGUGUGGCAUGAGGUUUGCCCAGAAGGGUAACCUACGGGCUCACCAGCGGCAGGUGCACCAGGGCAAGAGGCCCUUUCCUUGCCCCGAAUGUGGCAAGCGAUUCACCAAGCGAGGCAACCUGAGGACACACCAGCAGCAGGUGCAUCUGGGCAAACGGCCCUACCCCUGCGCCCAUUGCAACAAGGCUUAUUUUUCCCAGAAGGACUUAAAGAUUCACGAGCAGGUCCACUCUGGAGAGUAGGCCAGCACCCCAUCUCCUCACUUCCUGUGAUGGUGCCGGAAAUGCGAGGAUGCCGCAUUAUCAGGUGGUUGAAGAUGGGGGGUAUUGGGGAUGGUGUGUGGCUCAGCGGGUUGGGAUGGUCUCAUGCUCGCAAGGUUGCAGGUUCAAAUCCCUGGGAUGGCAGAGUAAUUUCAGCCUGAGGACCUGCGCGACACCCUUCCACCCCAAUUAGGGGAUUCCCCCGUAUCUCCUCAGAAUGAAAGUGGGGGCCCAAGGUGACAUUGGGCCCCCGAUUGCGUGACCCUGCCUGCUCCAUUGUACGUCGCUUUGGAUGAAAGCGUCUAUUAGAUGUGAUGUAAAUGUAAAGACCUGUGCGCUGAGCGAAAGGCUGAAAUGGGAAAAGCGUUUGACUAUUAAUUUGUUCUAGUUUCUUUAGCUAAAACCCUACGUUUAUUUCCUCUUAGGAAUCUAAAUAGUACUUUUCUUGAAUAUAAGAGCUGAAUGUGUGUUUGCAGAGCCCCGCCCUGGAUAUCGGACUGCAGACUAAUGGAUUUAUUUUGCAUUACAUGCAGACGCUCUGGGUGCAGUUGCCUCACACGUUUGAAUGAUCGCUCGGCUUCUGAGUGCAGCCAAGGGCAUUUAUAGACUGAGGAAUCUGUAGCAUUUCUCUUAUAGUCUACAUUUUCAUUUUGACAUUUGAAAAUGUAUGUGCAGUAUCUCACAAAAGUGAGUACACCCCUCACGUUUUUGUAAAUAUGUUAUUAUAUCUUUUCAAGGGACAACGCAUUAUUAUUAUUAUUGUGUAGAGCGAUAAUUCUUUCUUUCAGAUCCUCAGAGAAUUCUUUGCCAUGAGGUGCCAUGUUAAACGUCUAGUGAGAAGUAUGAGAGUGUGAGAGCGAUAACACCAAAUUUAACACACCUGCUCCCCAAGGACACCUGAGACCUUGUAACACUAGCGAGUGACAUGACAACGGGAAGGGAAAAGGGCUAAUUGGGCACAAUUUGGGCAUUUUCAUUUAGGGGUGUACUCACUUUUGUUGCCAGCAGUUCAGACAUUAAUGGCUGUGUGUUGAGUUAUUUUGAGGGGACAUCAACUUUACACAAUUAUACAAGCUGUACACUGAUUUACUUUACAUUCUAUCAGAGUUUCAUAUCUUUAGCGUUGUCCCUUGAAAAGAUAUAAUAAAAUAUUUACAAAAAUGUGAGGGGUGUACUCACUUUUGUGAGAUACUGUAUAUUUUUCAGAAUUUUUUUUUGUAAAUCUCAAUUUGGGAUCCUCCACUAACCAAAGUAAAUGGAUUGAUUUGGUCGUGUCCACACUUUCCAUUAUGUGGUCUGGUUCCGUUUUCUGUCUUAUCUCUGGGUAGCAGAGGUUUGGGGAAGCUGUGGAACGUGUAUCUGUAACCAAAGGGAUCACAUUCACAAUGUAGAAGGCAACGUAAAUGCGACGAGCGGCGUGACGGUAAUUGACGCGUGACCCGCCGGUGCAAUUAUCCGAUCUGACAUCGACGGUCAGAAAGCUGGACUUUGGGUGAAAAGCUUGGUGGAGCAUCUGUGUAAUGAUGCACGAUCUUUUUAGGGCGACCUUACAGUCACUGUCACCUUAUCUGAUUGCGUAAGUGUAGAAUGGAAGAAACUGAUCAAAGAAAUCAAGCUGAUGUUUUCGUUUGCUGAGGAAGUACAUGUUUUUGACGAGUCAUUUAUGUGGAGUCUGUUCUUCACUGCAGGCGGUCUUUUACUGUCUUCGUAUUAUUUCACUGUGAGCAAGUGGUGCUGUUACAGUAAACUGCCAGUAGGGGGUGUCGUUAGCAUCAGCAGCAGCUGAAUUUAAUUUUGUCAUUCUUUUUACCUGUUAUAAUUUUCCAAAUGCAAUAUAUUUUAUGAGUUGAAUUUCUUGCAGAUUAAAGUGUGAAAUUCAGAUUCCAUUCCAGUCAGAUGUGACUAAAAAGUUUUAGUGUUAUUUGCCAAAGAACCUUUUGCAUGCAAGCAUCCAUCCAUCCAUCCAUCCAUCCAUCCGUCCAUCCGUCUUCUAACCUCUUAUUCUGCUCGGGGGUCAUUUCAGACCUUUUGUAAACAUGAGUUCCAGAGAAAAUUAUUUUUUUUAACCUCUGGGUUGAGAGAGCUUUUAUUGCCGUAUAAUGAGGUUCAGUGUGUGGUUCCUAGAAUUACAAAAGUAAAUAUUACCUCAGAAACAUUUACACAUUUACGCAAAAUGCAGAGUUAUAAAACGUGGAAUGUGCAGGAAUGCGUAUGCAUGUACGUCUGGCCGUAUAUACAGCAGCAGUAUGCUUUCAUGCUAAGGUGCAAUGGAUAGAUCAUAUCUUGUGCUUGGAGUCCAAAAGUACAGUGAGUAAUGUACAGUAUGAAAUGAAUAUUAACUGUGAGCUAAGUAUUUACAGUCCAUGAUGUAAUAAAUAAUGAUUAGUGCUGUGAGUGAA